UCGUCAUUGCCAUUUAGCCCUCAUUACCAGCUGGAUUAAAACAAUUUGUUUCAUACUUAUCCACAAUUUCAAAAUAUACCAAUAGUUUCAAAAAAAGUUGACAAAAAUGGCGACUUCUAAACCCAUCCUUGCCAACAGCAUCGCCACUAUGAAUACUUGGAAAGAGAAUUACAUUUGGGUAAUUACUGCCGAUACCAUAAUGAUGAACGAGAACACGUCAUUUCCUACAUUAAUUAUUCGUAGCCCCAAAUUUGGGUAUGGGACACUUACAAAGUUGGAUUAUGAAUGUUCUGCAGAAAUUACGAGAUCAAAUGGACACGUCAAGGUAUCUUUCGCAUUGGUGGAAAAACCUGUAAAGCCAGUCGUUAAAUUGGUCAAGAUCACGGUCCUAAUCCGUGUCGGAAUAAAGUCCUUGUCCUCCAUUGAGGGGGCGCCGUACAUUCGGGAUACUACCAAUGGGAUGAAAUAUGAUCGUACUUUCGUUUUUGGGCCACAUUUCCCCGAUAAGGUCGACUCCAUCAAAGUGACGAUGGACUUUCUGAUGGAAACUGAACCUCUGGUCCGGCAUUUAAGCGCUUUUGAUGAAGCUGACGACGAUACCAUUUCCACAGAAAGUUUUUCGGAUUAUUUCAUGUCCAAAUUUUUAUCAGACGUGACAAUUGUCUGCGACGAGAAAGAAAUCCCUGCCCAUAAGUUCAUUCUUUGCAAAAGGAGCCCCGUUUUCCGAAAAAUGUUUCAAGGUGAAAAUUUAGAAUCGAAUGAAAACAAGGUCGUCAUAGUUGAUGAGUACGCCACCGUGAUGGACAUGAUGAACUGGAUGUAUCAAGGAUCCACGGACGACCUUGACCUUCAAGGAGCCAUUGACCUGUACAAACUGUCGGAUCGGUACGAAUUGCACCGCCUGACGAGAACAUGCAGCAAGCUAAUCUACGCCGGAAUUAAGGUCGAGACCGCACUGGAGAUUUAUUUGUUGGGGAAAGUGUAUCAAGAUCAACCUUUGGUGGAUAAGGCGGUCUGCGUAAUUAUAAAAAACAAGGAAGAUGUAUUUGCAGAUGAGAAAACAUGUGCCGAAUAUUAUGAAAAAUUUCCAGAAUUCAUGCAUUCCUUUUUUACUGAAAAAUUUACUUAAAAUCGUUCCUACUGAAAUUUCUGUGUAUAUAUUGAAUUAUGUAAGAAAAUUGGGGGAUCCGAAAAUUUAUAAAUUACUAAAUUGUCCUGUUAAGGGUUUCGUUUUUCCCGUCAAAAACGAUUUUUUACCACGGCAGGUGGGAAAAAGUGGUAAAAACCGGGAAAAACGGUUUUUACAGUCUAAAAUGGGAAAAUAUGGCUGCCCAUGUAGUUAGUUAUGGAGAAAGCUAACUUCUUUAAUAAUCAAUAAUUUUAAUUUUUUUUAAUUUUUUUCCCAUUUUAAUUUCGGAAUUGGACUUCAUAUUCGUCAUCUCCACGAAUUUAUGAAAAUUUUGAUAUGUAAUACAGGCACUUUUGAACAAUUUUGAUUGUUUUUCUACUUUUCCCAUAUGAACACAUGUUAAUUUUAGAGAUUGUUCGAAAUGAGCCGUAUUACCAACUUAUUUUCUCAGAAUUUGAUGGAGAACACGAAUAUGAAGUCAAAUUUGGAAAAUCUUCAGUUUUAAAGAAGUUGUGUCUGGUUGCCCCAAACCAGAGUUUUUCCCAUUUCUUCAAUUUUUCCCAUUUUCCACCUAUUUUUGGUGGGUGGUAAAAAUGCCUUUUUCCCACUUUUUCCCGCUGCCCUGGUCAAUUUGGUUUUUACCAAUCGAAACCCUGGUCCUGUUUACAUAGAGCAAUUUUUGAUCGGUGGCAAUUUAUUUAAUAAACACAUAUAUCACUAA